GGUACUGGUGGUGGUGGUGCCAAUACUAAUCAUCAAUCUAUAAUGGAUAAUCAUCAUCAUCAUCAACAACAACACCCAGGUACACCAUCAGCUAAUUAUCAACAUUCAUUAUCAUCGACAUCUACUACAUUUCAUCAAAAUAUAAUAAGAUCUAGUCUUGGUGAUCGUAUUGGUGGUGGUAAUCAUCAUAAUCUCAUUCAUGAUUCUAAUCAUAAUCGUAUAGUAAACAAUAAUAAUUGUAAUAAAUGUGCCAAAAAACAUCAACAUCAUUAUUGUUGUCGUAAUGUUAAAUCAUCGAUUAAAUCGAAAAGUAAUUAUCAUCUCAAUAAUGAUCAUGAUGAUGAUCAUUUGAAUGAAUUCCAUCAUCAUGAUCAUUAUCGAAAUUUUCAAAGAAAUAAUGAUGAUGAAUGUCAACGAAAAAAUAGAAUAAAACACAUUUCAUUACAACGGCAACAAUCAAAUCCGGUUACAUCAAUCAAACAAUCGAAUAACACAACAAAUGUAAAUGUAAAUGCAAAUAAUAAUCGAAUUAGGCCAUCAGCAUCGAUAUCAUUUUCAUCAUUAUUUGUAUCACGAUUGAAAAAAUCUUCACAAUCAUCAAUUCAUUAUGAUGAAUCAUCUACAUCCACAUCCACAUCAUCAGCAUCUAAUAAUAUUGCAAGACCAAAAUCUGAAUCAAUAACAACAACAGCAACAAAGAAUCAAAAUUCUUCACAUUAUCACCAAUCACCUUCUUUGAAUCAUCAUCAAUAUAAUGUCCAUAAUGAUAAUGAUGAUGUUGACCUUAAAGAUGUUAUCAACAACGAUGAUAAUGAUAACAUUGUUGGUGAAAAUAUGAAUAAUUUUCAAACAAAUAAUAAUUCAUCAUAUACUUCCUUAUCACGUGGUGUUAUACGAAGACAGACAAAGAAACAACAACAACAACAACAAUCACAAAAACGACAUUCAAUGAAUCUAAGAAAUUCUUUUACAAUUCAUUCAAAAAAUGAUGAUAAUGAUAUGAUUGUUAUGAUGAUGAUAAAAAGAAUAACCGAUAGUAACAAUAAUAUCCGACUACGACGACAACGACAACAACAACAACAAGACAAAUCAAUGACUGUUGUUGAUUUGAUUUCAAAACGUUUAUCAUUACCAGCUGAUCUACAUUUGCCGGAAUCAUUUUUAGCCAAAAUUGAACGUCGAAUAGAUAGACAACCAUCAUUACAACAGCAAAAAAGAUUUGAAAAUUCACAAAAUGAUAUUAUCAAUGGUGAUAAUGACGCUGAUGCUAGUGAUAAUGAUUUUCUUGCAACAUUAUUGAGCACGGAUCCAAAUAAAACAAUCAGUCGUAGAGUACGGCGUGAAUCAUUGAAUGAAAUUGGAUUCGGAAGAUUGGAAACGUAUACAAAAUUGGAGAAACUGGGUGAAGGAACCUAUGCAACAGUUUAUAAAGGACGUAGUCAUCUAACCAAUCGUUUAGUGGCAUUGAAAGAUAUACGUUUUCAACAACAAGAAGGUACACCUUGUACAGCCAUCCGUGAAGUUUCAUUAUUACGUACAUUGAAACAUAACAAUAUUGUUACAUUACAUGAUAUUAUCUAUUCAGAUAAGAUGCUUAUACUUGUAUUUGAAUACAUGCCACGUGAUCUAAAUCGUUAUAUAACCGAAUGUCGUGAUCUGAUACAUUUACAUAAUGUUAAAUUAUUCAUGUUUCAACUAUUGCGUGGCCUUGAUUAUUGCCAUCAACGACGUAUAUUACAUCGUGAUAUUAAACCACAGAAUCUACUUAUUUCAGAUCGUGGUGAAUUGAAAUUGGCUGAUUUUGGUCUUGCACGUUCAAAAUCUGUACCAUCAAAUACAUUAUCAAGUGAAGUGGUCACAUUAUGGUAUCGUCCACCAGAUGUAUUACAUGGUUCAACGCAUUAUACAACAUCCAUCGAUAUUUGGGGUGCUGGUUGUAUAUUUUUCGAACUAUUAAGUGGUGAACCAUUAUUUCGCGGAAUGUUUGAACAAGAACAAUUAAAUCUGAUUGAUCAAAUUUAUGGAAAUGAACCACAAAAUCUAAUUACAAUACCAUGGGGUAUAAGUAGACGUGCUAAACGUUUAAAUCAACCUGCUCAAGAUCUUUUGUUUAAUCUAUUGAUGUAUGAUCCGCAUAAAAGGAUUGAAGCAAAUCGUGCAAUGCAUCAUCGUUACUUUUCAACAUUAGAUCCAUUAAUCUAUCAGAUAUCGGAUCAGGCAUCAAUAUUUAGCGUUCCAACAAUUGUAUUUUAUCCAGAUCCCGGUAUUGAUCAUAAUGAUGAUGAGAAUGACAAUGGUGACGGUGGUUCGACCACAAUCCAUAAUGGUGAUACGAAUGAAACCACUACUACUGGUUCUAUGGCGUUAAUGAAUCAAUCAAAAUCUGACCCAACAUUAAUAACAUCGAUCUUACCACCACAUCAUCCACAACAUCAAUUUCAACAACAACAACAACAGCAACAGCAUCAACAUUCGAAACAUCAAUCAUUCAAUAAACCAAUUGAGAAACAAAUUGUUCGUGCUACAAUAGUGAAGGCCGGUGAGUUAUCCGAAACGAAAACCAUACAAUUAUUGUCCAAUCAAUAUAAUAAUGUUGAUGAGACAUUAUUACCCAAUGAUGAUAAUAAACCCGAAAAAGAAUCUGAAAUUCCCAAGUCUAUAAAUUCUACAAUUAUUAUGACAACAAAUCGGCAACAAGAACCGAAACCAAAGACAAUGUCAUCAUCAUCAUCAUCAUCGACAUCAACAUCAACAUCUUCAUCAUCAUCGAUGACAAUCGUAUCGAAUAAUAUUGAUUCCUGUAAUCAGUCAUCAAAAUCGAUAAAUUCAUUAAUUGUAAUUAAUGGAAAAGUAGACACUAAUCAGGAAAAUAAAAUUGUUCAUCAAACCGAACAAGAAGAAAUUCGAAAUCAAUCCUCAAAUUCGAUUAAUAAUCAUCGUCGUUAUAAUCGUCAUCGAAAUUAUCAGAUGAAAAAUUAUCCAGCACCACCACCACCACCACCGACGACAACAAAAGCAACAGCAACGACAACAACAUCAUCGUCAUCAACAUCAUCAUCAAUAUCAUCGAUACAAUUAUUAUCACGUUCAUUUUCAUUAUCAACGAUUUUAACCAAUCAAUUGUUACGUUUUCGUUCAAAUAAUUGUCGUAAUAAUUCUACUUUCGAUAUUAAUAAUGAUGGUGGACGAUUGAUGUUUUUGAAUCAAAAUCGAAACCAAAAUAAUGAUGAUAAAUUGAAAAUGAAAUCUCCACCGUCGUCGACUGAUAAAAAACCGCAAAAACAACAACAACAACAACGAAGAAUAAAAUCUAGUUCAAAUCUGAUAUCAUUAUCUAUGAAUAAUUAUAAUAAAUCACAACCAGAAUUAAUGAAUGAUCAUCAACAUAAUCAACUACCACAAACAAUGAUCCAGAAUCCAAAAUGUACAUCAUCAUCAACAUUGAGAAAAUCACAAUCACGUUUAUCCUGUACAUAUCUUUCAUCACUUUGAAAUUGAUUAAUUUGCUCAAUUCGCUCAAUCAUUCAAAUCAAUCAAAGCUAUUGAUCGAUUUGUUUGCCAUAAACCUGCCACUAACACCCGCACCCGCAAUCAUUAGGAUAUGGAAAUUUUUCUUUCAAAUUCCCUACAAAAUUCUCUCUAAUUCCUUUUUUCCUACAACAUUCUUUUGUUACUAAUAAUUAUUAAUGAAAUAAUUUUAUCUCUUUCUCUUUUCUUUUCCUAUAUUUUCUCUUUCCAAUCUUGUUUUAUAUGCUUUCUAAUCGGGAAUUCGCUUCAAAAUUCAAUCAAUUUUUUUUUGAAUUCUAGUCAAAUUCACCACAAAAGAAGAAGACAAUAAUCAUUAUGAUAAUUAUGAAGAUGAUUAUUACAAUCAUGAUUUGGAUGAAGAAUAUAGACUUA